AUGUUUGGCUUCUCCAUGUUUUUGUUUCUGGCAGCAGUGAAGAUGGAUGCAAGCCUGUUAUUGAAGACUGGGAGAAAGGCCUUUUACACUGGUGUAUUCUCCUUGAUAGUUCCCCUAAUUGUUGGCUUUUCCACAGUUGGGUUGCUUGAAUAUCAGAAGGCGAAAAUUAAUCCGAAAGAGAAAAAAAGAGUGGCAUCCGAAACUAUUUUCCUGGUAUUAUCAAUCUGUGCAACAUCAUUUCCUGUCAUAGUUUCCCUUCUUAGCCAACUCCGUAUCCUUACUUCGGAACUCGGGCGAUUAGGAUUGUCAGCAGCUCUAGUGUGUGACAUGCUAAACUUGAUUCUCACUACUAUUGCGAGAGCGUUUGUUUCAACCCCAAGUGCCAGAAAGUUUAAUUACAAGUCGUCUCUUGUUAUCUUGGGAUAUAGUCUGGCUUGUGCGUUCGUGGCCCGGCCAGCUUUGAAUUGGGUCAUCAGACAGACACCUAAAGGGAAGCCUGUUAACAAUGGCUACAUUUUUGUCAUCCUCCUGCUGGCCUUGGCCUCCGGAGCUCACAAGCAAUUUGUUUUAUUUGGACCUUUCUUUUUCGGCUUAGUUAUACCAAGUGGACCUCCCCUCGGGUCGACCCUGGCUCAGAAAUACGACUUCAUGGUCUCGCGUGUGUUCAUGCCACUCUUUGUCACCAAUUGUGUGAUCAUGGCAGAUGUCAGGGAACUCCGCUUCGAUGCCCAUUUACUAGUCUUGCUGGUAACUAUGUUGGCCAAAUUCUUGGGCACUUUAGCACCUGCACUCUGCUGUAGAAUUCCUAUCAGGGAUGCUUUGGCACUCGCUUUCAUACUGAGCUGCAAAGGUGCUGUUGAAAUCGGUGGUUACUUCGUGAUCUAUGACGGCCAGCUUAUCACCGACGGAAUUUAUGCUUUGGCGAUGUUGAUGAUCCUAUUCGCCCAUUUCUCCGUGGCAUAUGCUGUGAAGCACUUGUACAAGACAUCGACUAGGUACGCAGGGUAUCAGCAGAGAAACGUACUAGGCGUGAGACCUAACUCGGAGCUCAAGAUACUUUCCUGCAUCUACAAACAAGACAACGUGCCAGCUGUCAUCAACUUAUUGGAUGUGGCUUGCCCUACCGGAGAUAACCCCAUUGGUCUCAACGUCCUCCACCUUAUAGAGAUGACUGGCCAAGACGCCCCCAUGCUCAUUUCCCACCGCAUGCAGAAGAAGACAAUGUCCAGCUUCUCCGACUCCGAGGACGUCCUCGUUUCUUUCCUUAAUUUGGACCGGGAGUACGGUGACGCCGUUGAGGUCCACCCCUACACCGCCGUAUGGCCGUCAAAGUGGAUGUACGAAGAGAUAUGCACACUCGCCCUAGACAGGCUCACACAUCUCAUCAUACUCCCCUUCCACCGCCAGUGGACCGUGGACGGCGCCGUUAAAUCGGAGGACGAAACCGUCAGGAACAUAAACAUUAGCGUUCUAGAUGGAUCACCUUGUUCCGUCGGAGUUCUAGUCAACCGGGGCCCGCUCCGGCAAAACCACAGAACAGAAGCGUCGCAAUCACAGUUCAACGUUGCGUUGAUUUUCUUGGGUGGCGAAGACGAUAGGGAGGCGUUGGCUUUGACGGGAAGGAUGACCGCCGACCCGAACAUCACCCUAACUGUGUUUCAUAUCAGUCCCACCACACUGCCUGAAAAUGGACCUAACUGGGAGAACAUUCUGGACUUUGAGAGCUUAAGGAAGUUCAGGCAAAACAACACCGGCAACGGCCGUUACGUGAUUUACACGGAGGCGGUUUCGGAGAGUGGGGAACAAACUGUUGACAUGUUGAGGGAGAUCGUGCACAAGUAUGACCUUUUCGUGGUUGGGAGGAGGAAAGAGGUUAAGGAUAGUCCUCAGACUUCAGGGCUUGAAGAUUGGAGUGAGUUCCCGGAGCUUGGGAUUGUAGGUGACAUGCUCGCAUCGGAUGAUUUGGGUUGCAGAUCUUCUAUCUUGGUGGUGCAGAACCAAUGAUUCGGCCACCACCAUACAUUCAUUGAUUCGUUCAUUAGAAAGAUGAUAUCGAUCUAUUCAAAAAAAAAAAAAAAAAAAAAAGAUGAUAUUGAAAGCUAGAUAGCCGGAUAAAUAGUAACGCUCGUUAGUUCUUGUUUAAUUACUAGCUUAUUUUUAAUUUUUUUUAUUGCAAAUCUGAGUAAGAUUCAUACACAUGCCCGGGUAUUUUGAAUUUCUUCAUU